CUCAGUCAACCACGUUUCCCGUUCAUCAGACUUUCGAGCCUUAACGUUACUGCAGUCUGUGAGUCAAUUGCUCUGCUGCAAUUUUUACGUGUCCGCCUGAUUUAGUUGCGCGAUCGAGCUCUUACACGUGUUGAAUUUGAAGGUUAUGUUGGAAAUUUUGAGGCGUCACCUUGUUCUUGACUGCUGUAGCUUCUACUGGACAUCUAAUUUUGGGGUGAGCAUCAUUGCAUGCCUACAAAUAUUAUUCUUCGAAUUUUUUUCAGUCGAUCGUUCCAGAAAGUGUUGUCAUGGCUGCUAUAUUGCGCAAGUACAUUGUGGUGGGAGGAGGUGUAGCUGGAGGCUACGCUGCACGAGAGUUUGUAAAACUGGGAUUACAACCUGGGGAACUGACCAUUUUCUCCAAAGAAGCGGCGGCACCUUAUGAGCGGCCUGCUCUGAGCAAAGCUUACUUGUUCCCUGAUGCUCCUGCUAGGCUUCCAGGCUUUCAUGUGUGCGUGGGGAGUGGAGGAGAGAAGCAAUUACCGGAUUGGUAUGCUGAAAAAGGUAUUGAACUUAAAUUGGAGACUGAGAUCGUGAAAGCGGACGUGGAGAAUAAGACCUUGACAACUAAUAAGGGCGAUAUUUACGAGUAUGGGACUCUGAUUCUUGCAACAGGCUCCACGUUCCUUAACCUUGCCGACUUCAAAACUCCUGGAGCUGACGCCAAAGGUAUUUAUUACCUAAGAGAUAUUGGUGAUGCUGAUAAAAUUGUUGAAGCCAUCAAAGCUAGCAAGGGAGAUGAAGCAGUGGUUGUAGGUGGAGGUUACAUUGGGCUGGAAUUAGCUGCAUGUCUGACGAUGAACAAGAUUAAAGUCAACAUGGUGUUCCCAGAACCAUGCUUGAUGCCUCGUUUGUUUACACCCGAACUUGCCUCAUUUUACGAGAGAUACUAUGAGGGUAAAGGCGUAAACAUCAUCAAGGGAACAACUGUAACUGCAUUUGAGAAAGAUGACAAUGGCCACGUAUCUAAAGUCUUAUUGAAAAACGGAAGCUCUGUGAACAGCACUUUUGUGGUGGUGGGAGUUGGCGCAAGGCCACUUCUGGCUCCUCUGAAGGGUUUGAUAGAAGAAGAGAAGGGUGGUUUCAAGGUUGAUGCUUCAUUCAAAACAAGCAACCCCAAUGUGUACGCCGUAGGUGACAUUGCAACAUUCCCAAUGAAGAUGUAUGGUGAUAGCCGGCGAGUGGAGCAUGUGGACCAUGCAAGGAAAUCUGCCAUGCAGGCUGUUCAGGCGAUCAAAGCCGCUGAGAAGGGCGAAGUCGUGGACGAGUACGAUUACCUCCCAUUCUUCUACUCCCGCUCCUUCAAUCUGUCGUGGCAGUUCUACGGCGACAAUGUGGGCGAGACUGUGCUUUGGGGCCGUAACGGGGCUGCAGCCUCUGAGUCCAAGUUUGGUGCUUACUGGGUCAAGGACAACAAGGUGAUGGGGGCAUUUUUGGAGGGCGGAUCACCUGAUGAGAACAAGUUGAUUGCCAAAGUUGCACGAGAGCAGCCUACUGUGAAUUCAACUGAUGAGUUAGUGUCUGGUGGCCUAGGCUUUGCAUCCAAGAUAUAAAUAGUUCAAUGUAACUCUGUGAACCUAAUCAGCCACUGGUGGUGAUAGAGGACGUGUGCUGUGUGAUGAUCGGCUCACCAUGGAUUUGUCCCAUUGGUGUGCUUUUGGUGUUAUUCUGUAUCAAACUAAGAUAUUUAAGGUAUAUAUUUCCUUAAAGACCUUCAUCUGCCUUUCAACUGAAGUGUCUAAUAUUUCCUUGGGACGAAUCAAUUAUGAAAGAGCAGUUGUGCAGCUGUUUUUCUGAA